AUGUCUCCCGAAGCACGAAAGCAUGCAACAUCUCUAUUUGUUCCCGACAAGGGUCCUCUGUUUCCACAAUUUCAGAAGCUGGACCCCGUGAUUCAGCGUCUCAUCUGGGAAUAUACCCUCCCUAGCUCUCGGGGCCGAUAUCUUAGCAUAAAAUGUCCUCCUGUACCGAUUGCAUUUUCAGUGUCUAAGCAAUCACGCUACGUUGCGAGUUUGUCCAUGACGCGGUUCCCCCUAAACACAGCGUUCAAUCUUGAUAAGCAUGGUAUAAUACCAUAUGGCUACUGCAGCCCAUAUGAUACCCUCUACGUCGAGAAAGUAUUCCAAAGCCAGCAAAAGUGGAAACUUGGAAACAAUCCUUUCUGGGCCUUGGCAUUUGGUCUUCAAGCCAAUGACAUGAUGCACGCUGCGCUUACAGAAUUUCCUGCUUAUCGAGACUUAUUUGCAGGCUUUACACCCUGUCAGAACAUCACACUUGUCAAGAUAAAGGAGGUUGAAGGCUUCGAGGAUCACCUACAUUGUAGCAGAGUCUUGCCAGCCGAUUCAAACUACAGUUACGGAAUUGAGUUCGAUGGACCAUGCCAUGCCACAGUAUUUGAGCGAGAUAUGAAAACAUGGAGAUACGAGCAGGUUUCAAAGGCCAAGAAGAAAGGCAAGAGAAUGCCGGAAAUAAAAUUUGCUGAACUGGCUCUUGCCUGCGAGUGUAUUGACGUGAAGGGAAGGAUGAAAGAGAAGGUCAGAGAGAUGCACAGGAUAGCGAUGUCAGAAGAACUGGAGCAAGAUUGUCUGGAAUGA